AUGGAAGGAGUUGAUACCUCUAAAAAGGUCGACCAUGACUUGAGAAUGUUCGAUAUCGCAGCUAAUCUCUCAGACGAAAGUUUUCAGGGCAUUUAUCAUGGCAAAAAAGCGCAUGAACCGGAUUUUGAAGUUGUGAUGAACAGAGCAAGGCAGUACGGGGUUGAGAAGUUCUUGUUCUCAGCAGGGUAUAUUGAGGAUGCAGUAAAGUCAUAUGACUUGGCAACUAAGUCGGAGGAUUAUUUUAUGACCAUUGGAGUGCAUCCAUGUAGAGCUACUGAAGUUUAUAAAGAUGAAGGAACUGUAGAAACUUAUCAUGAGAAAAUUGAGAAGACUAUCGAGGAGCAUUUUGUAGAUAAGUCUAAACUAGUAGCUGUUGGAGAGUGUGGGUUAGAUUAUGAUAGAUUCCAUUAUGCUGACAAAGACUCUCAAAUGGCAGCGUUCCCAUUUCAUUUUGAUAUGGCAGAGAAAUAUAACCUGCCAAUGUAUUUACACUCUCGAGCAACUGGAUUAGAAUUUAUUGAUAUAGUAAAGAAAAAUAGAGAUAAAUUUCCCACUGGAGUUGUCCAUUCAUAUACAGGCGAUGAGGAAGAAUUAAAAGAGAUUCUUGAGCUUGAUUUAUAUGUAGGAAUCAACGGUUGCUCGCUCAAGACAGAAGAAAACUGUGAAAUAGUAAAGAAAAUCCCUCUUGACAGAUUAAUGUUAGAAACUGAUUGCCCUUAUUGUGAUAUCAGAAAUAGUCAUUUUAGUUCUCAAUAUGUUAAAACUAAGAUUCCGAAAGUUGCUAAAAAGAAAUACAAUCCAGAGAAGAUGUGUAAAGAAAGGAAUGAGCCAUGCACUAUGAUCCAAGUUCUUGAAGCAGUUGCUGGCAUUAAGGAUGUAUCUGAAAAAGAAGUGGCAGAAGCAGCUUGGGAAAACACGAUGAAAAUGUUUAAGUUGGAAUAAAUACUCCUUUUCAAUG